AUGAGCGACCAAGAUGCUCGUAGGUCAUUUGAAGACGAGUACAAUAAAGUUGUUCAAACAAUUCAUAACCGAUGUAAUCCACAAGAACGUUUGGUACAAGCAAGUAAAGUCGUUUACGGUUAUUAUGAUAUUUAUGAAAAAGACGAUUUAUUCGCUUAUAAAGUCUUGUUAGGCAAGCUUGAUUUCACUGAACAGUUAAGCAACUAUCAAAAAACUCCAGCUACAACAAACAUUAAAGGGGUGCUGUCAAAUGUUAUCAAAAAAAUAAUAGAUCAUUUUAUAAAUUCUCCAGAUAAACACAGUAUGGUUGAAAUACAUCCAUUUAACAACAAUUUAAGAUCAAACGCUGCACCGAUGAUUGUUGAGGUUGCAUUAGCCUUUCGAUGUCACAUGCGAAACGAAAUAAGCAAUGAUCCAGCGAAAGCAAUAUCGCAAGAAAAGAUUUACCACGAAUUAUUCAGACUAUCUAUGGAAGAAAUUCAAGCAACAAUUCGUACAAUUGAUAUUGCUUUAAUUGGAAUAAUAAAAACUUUAGUAAAGACAACUGAUCUGGUAGUAACAGCGGCCACAAAAUAUAAAGAUUUUGCUAUUACUGUUACUGAAAAACUGGAAGUAUCAUUGAUGGACAGUGUGCGAGAAAAAGUAGCAACAAUGAUCGGUAACGUUGUUGACAGUAAAUAUGGUGAGAACAUUAAAGGAUUAAAUAAUAAUGAUACGUGGAUAGUGGGAGAGGAGUUGAGAAAAAAUCGACAGUGGUUGAAAUUAGAUUUAGGUGUCAACGGUAUUACAGAUGAUGGAGUCCAAAUUUUAUGUGAAUAUUUAAAUAAGAACACAAGUUUGAGAGAAAUUUUUUUGUAUGACAAUCAAAUGUCAGAUCAGGCGGCAGAGGCCAUCGCCAAUUUGUUGAGAUAUAACAAGACUCUUGCCACACUAAGUUUAGGUGGAAAUCGAAUAACUGAUGAAGGUGUUCGUCAUUUAUUUGAUGUUUUAUCUGGACUUAACAUAACAUUAAAAGAAUUAAUCCUGUAUGGUAAUCGACUAUCAAACAACUGUGUAGACAACAUAUGUAAAAUGCUAAGAGAAAACAGAACAUUAACUCAGUUGGAUAUUCGUUUCAAUCAAAUAUCACAGCAUCACGUCAUGUCAUCGUUCAAAAUUUAUGAUUUAGAAGUUUUCGAAUUACUUUCUAAACUGGAUACUUCCAAAGGCUGUGCACCUGGAAUUUCUAACCGAAUGUUAAAGGAAGCUGCGCCUGUCAUCUCG